CCCCCCUCCUGCCCGUCAUGGGGGAGGCCGAGGAGCAGGUACCCGAAUCAGGUGCUAUAUUCACAUUUGGAAAAAGCAAAUUUGCAGAAAAUGUGCCUAGCAAGUUUUGGUUUAAAAAUGACAAGCCUUUACACAUGUCAUGCGGAGAUGAACAUACAUCUGUUGUUACAGAAAAUGGUAAACUAUACAUGUUUGGAAGCAACAACUGGGGACAACUAGGACUUGGAACAAAGAAUACUGUCAGCAAGCCAACUUGUGUGAAAGUUCUAAAACCUGAAAAAGUGAAACUAGCUGCAUGUGGGAGAAACCACACUUUGAUCUAUACAG